CGCAACCACAAGCGUCGUCUAUAGCCGGCUACUACUGCAGGAGCUCUGCUGCUCGAGCUACACUGCCAGUCAGUGCCAGAUGAACUACAGAGCCUGGGACGAGGCCAUUGAGGCUGCUAUUUCCAGUCUACCUCAGAAAGAGACACGCUCGCAACGACUACUCGCAUUGCAUCCAAAAGCCUUGAGCACUUUCAGAGCAUCACUCGCAGGUACCUCCCUUGCCAAACCACUCGCUCCUUUCCAACAGCACCCGACUUACUUGCUGCGCUAUCUACUUGCUGAAUGGGAAGAUGCAGACAAGAAGCCGCGCGAGAAUCUAGAUGAGCUUAUUGGGCUCAGUACUGAGCGCCUCGUCGCCUCACAGGCAUGGCGAGCUGGCAAAGGUGAAUGUUGGAAGACUUGGGGCUUUAAGGAUAUGGAUGACAUGUACAAGAACUACAAGACCGCCUCGGAUAUGGAGCGCAGAGUCAAUCAAUGGUAUCCUCAACGCUUCUUCAAGCACGACAAGACUGGCCAUCCAGUGCAUUACGAACUGAUGCCAAAUACCUACGAAAAGGACCUGAUACCACCCAUGACCAUUCGACGAAUUGUCAACAAUGAGCACACUCUCCGGCAUCGGGUCCCCCUGCUCAAUGCGCCGCCAACUCACCUUGGCAAUGAUCCGGCCAUACCGCAAGAUCAUUUGCCCACAGAUCGCCCUGAUGCCCUGUCUCGGCCAAUCCUUGGCGUCACUUGGAUCAUCGACGGUCGACGCCUGAGUCUCUGGUCGUCAAGCGCAAUAUACAAGACGGGUACUCAAUUGCUUCAGGCUUCAACAACGGUGACUUCUGCUCACUAUCCUGAACAGGGCAAUCGUGCCAUCAUCCUCAAUCUCGGCAGUGUAUGGAUGUCUUUCUACAAUCUUGCGAUGAAAUUGAUGCCAGCCUCGACGCAAAGUACAACGAAAUGCUAUGUUGGUCGCGACGAAUUGGAUAGCGCGAUUGGCUGGGACAGUGUGCCAAAGAUGUUUCAGGAUGACAAGGUGUUGACUCUGACGGAACAAGAAAUAGCACAGGCAAAGGCUGAUGAUGGUCCAUUUGUCGUCUGAAUGUCUCUCCUUCAUCAUGAGAUACACAAAUAGACAUGCUCAAUUACGUUGCGUUAACAUCUUUGAACCAUAGAAGCAUCGACUUCACAUUACACACCUACUCUUACAUCUAAAGUGUCAUCAAAUCGCUAAUCGCUUCCAAAUGACUUCCAAUAUGUCGGCAAGACGGCAUCUUCCAAGGCCUCCGCCGUCAAAGUGACUGCCACACAGUCAGUCGAGACAUCUUGCUUCUCAACUGCUGCGUAUGCCGACGUAUCACGCACAAGGAGCUCAUAAUACCUGCCACUGGACUUGCAGGCCAGCACCAUUGAUUGGAGAUCAGUCUCUUC